CUCCGUUGCCAACUUCAUUCAGGACAUUUGCAACCCUCAGAAUGUCAAAAGUAAAUAAAAAGAAUAUUUUGUGAAAUAAUUAUAAUUUUAAACCAUAAUUACACGUUUUGCUAAUAUUUACCUACCUGCACCUAUUGUGUUAUUAUUUACUAUUUUCACCUUGUGCGAAUAUUGCCAGGGCGUAACCACUGCUCGGCCCGAUCGUAGGCUGUGUUUAAAAUGAUAUUUAUUAAUAUUUUCUGAAACAUAGCGAACAGUGUUUGUGUGAAAAAUGGCUGAGGACGAAGUGCUUUUCGACGAUGUGUACGAAUUGUGUGAGAUCAUUGGCAAGGGACCAUUCAGUUUGGUCCGUCGCUGUGUCCAUCGACAAACAAGCCAGCAGUUUGCUGUGAAGAUUGUUGAUGUGGCUCGCUUCACCGCUAGCCCGGGUCUUAGCACGGCUGAUUUGAAACGUGAAGCAACAAUAUGCCAUAUGUUAAAGCACCCGCAUAUUGUAGAGCUGCUGGAGACAUACAGCUCCGAAGGAAUGCUCUACAUGGUGUUUGAAUAUAUGGAUGGUUCGGAUCUCUGCUUUGAAGUGGUACGCAGAGCCACCGCUGGAUUUGUCUACAGUGAAGCUGUCGCUUGUCACUACAUGCGUCAGAUCCUGGAAGCUCUCCGCUACUGCCAUGAGAAUGAUAUCGUGCACCGUGACGUCAGACCUCACUGUGUACUGCUCGCCGGUCGAGACAACUGCGCUCCUGUCAAACUUGGAGGCUUCGGUGUAGCUGCCCAACUGCCUACACCAACUGCUAAUCGAGUUCAACCCGAACUGGUGAUGGACACUCGCCCGCUAAUGGGUCCGAUGGGCCAAGCGUAUCUCAAAUCUGACGAGUACGGCCGCAUCGGAACACCACAUUACAUGGCUCCAGAAGUGGUUUCCACCCAGCUUUACGGCAAACCAGUCGAUGUAUGGGCCGCUGGCAUAUUGUUGCACGUUCUAUUGGUCGGCUACUUACCUUUUACCGGGACAAGAGAGCGACUGUUCGAAUCUAUUUGCCGUGGACGAUUGAGGUUGGACACACCUUUAUGGGAUGAUAUCAGCGACGCUGCUAAAGAUCUGGUGCGGCGUAUGUUAAACAUUGAUCAUACUCAAAGAAUCAACAUACAAGAGGUUCUCAAUCAUCGUUGGAUAAAGGAUCGUGAACACCAAAAUCGUAUCCACUUGGCUGGUACCGUGGAGGAACUAAAGAAGUUCAAUAGCCGACGUCGGCUUCGCGCGGCUACAUUAGCGGCGGCCGCGGCUGAUGAUGAAGAGGACGAGGAACAGCCUGCACGCCGCGCCGUCAUGCUGGAAGAAGCUAAUGCUGCAGCUGUUAAUCUGAUUGUUGAGUCUUUGGACGAUGUGGCAGUGCUGCAAGAUGGUCCAACACUUAUGGAUGUCGAUCUAUUUCUCAGCGUUCUCGAUGAUUUGCAACUACGAGCUCUUCUGGAGAUCUACGACCGCAUAGCGAGCACGGUGGUGGUGACGAGCGGGCGCGCGCCGGCGGCGGAGGGCCGCGCGCGCUGCCGCCAGGCGCUGGAGGCCGCCAGCCGCCUGCGCCACGCCGGGCCCGCGCCCGCCGCCGCCACGCCCGCCACCGCCGCCGCCAUACACGAGAUACGACGCCUGCUGGCGCUGCCGCAUAUUAAGGCCCUACUCCAGGCGCAUGAUGUGGUGGCCCGAGAAGUGUACGGCGAGGAGUCUCUCCGGGCGUCACCACCGCCAGUCAACGGCCGUACCACCGCGCCACCACCCGAAGAUGAGGACGACACAGAACCAGAGUUCGAGAACGUGACCAGGGUGCGCCUCGUGCAGUUCCAGAAAAACACUGACGAACCGAUGGGCAUCACACUAAAAUUAGCUGACGAUGGACGUUGCAUCGUAGCCCGCAUCAUGCACGGAGGGAUGAUACACAGACAGGCGACUUUACAUGUCGGCGAUGAGAUCAAAGAGAUCAACGGCACGCCCGUCGCCAACCAGUCCGUCGCUCAACUACAGAGGAUGCUGCGAGAAGCUCGUGGAUCGGUGACAUUUAAGAUCGUGCCCUCAUAUCGUUCAGCGCCGCCGCCCUGCGAGCUUUUCCGGAUAAAGCCUUCGCCCGUGCUAAUUUUCGUGAGAGCGCAAUUUGAUUACGAUCCAUUAGAAGAUGAAUUGAUUCCGUGCGCUCAGGCUGGCAUCGCUUUCAAUACUGGUGACAUUCUGCAGAUCAUCAGCAAAGAUGAUUCCCACUGGUGGCAAGCUCGCAAAGAUGCAUCUGGUGGUUCAGCUGGUCUCAUUCCUAGCCCUGAACUCCAGGAAUGGAGAGCAGCAUGCGCUGCCGCUGAAAGAUCCAACACCGAUCAAGGUAAUGCAGUGAACUGUUCCAUAUUUGGACGUAAGAAAAAGCAGUCGAAAGACAAAUACCUAGCGAAACACAACGCUGUGUUUGAUCAACUCGAUGUUGUGACUUAUGAGGAAGUCGUGAAGUUGCCAUCGUUCCAAAGAAAGACUAUCGUGUUGCUGGGCGCCCACGGUGUCGGUCGACGACACAUAAAGAACACUCUCAUUGCGCGACACCCGGACCAAUAUGCUUAUCCUAUACCACACACUACAAGACCACCGAGAACCGAUGAAGAGAACGGCCGGCACUACUACUUCGUUACCCACGAGGAAAUGAUGGCUGAUAUCGCGGCGAACGAAUAUUUGGAAUAUGGUACUCACGAAGACGCGAUGUACGGCACCAAGUUGGAGACGAUCCGCCGCAUACAUUCUGAGCGUCGCAUCGCCAUACUGGAUGUGGAACCGCAAGCUCUGAAGAUCUUGCGCACUGCAGAGUUUGCGCCCUACGUCGUCUUUAUAGCCGCGCCUCCGCUCAACAAUGUUGCUGAUUACGACGGCUCCCUAGAAGUGUUAGUCCGCGAAUCGGAACAGCUCCGCCGCACCUACGGCCACUACUUCGACCUGACGAUCGUCAACAAUGACAUCGAUGACACUCUCUCCCAACUGGAGUCGGCCCUCGUACGACUCCGCUCCACGCCCCAAUGGGUCCCAGUUUCAUGGGUCUACUGACAAUCUGACGACGAAUCUCUGUAAGAUCAACUAAGGAAUACUGGACUUUUAAUCAGUUUCAGACUCAUUUUCUUACUAAUCUGUUUCUAUUACGGAUUGACUCUCGGGCUUCCUAAAGGAAUCUUCUACUGAACAAUUUAUUCUUAAGAACAUUUAGUCUUUUAUUCAAUUCACACUAAAGAUUUUUGAUGACGUUUCUAUAGUAUAAGAUUCGAUUUUGAUUCUAUAUGCACUGAAAUCGUUAACAAUAAAGUCCAUAUUCCUUAAUCUUACUCUGAUGAUUAUACUAAACUUUUUGAACCAAAGACCACUUUGAAUUGACACCAAAACAUCACACACGACGCAAGGUCGCUCUGGCCUUUUAGACUAUUAUAGAACACUAAAUAUGUUCACUAAUAUUAUCGGAUAAUGAAUACUUUAAUUUCACAUCACACUCCACAGGCGUACGACACUGUUAUGAAUACGUUGCUAUCCUAUUUUGAAUAGAACAAAAUCUUACUAUAAGACAAAAUAACAUUCUCGAUUAUUUACUGUGGCAACACAGAUUAUGGCUCAAUAGAUCUGAAUUAUCUCCAAUAGGUGCCCAGCGAAAAUGAUCGAGCAAAUCUUUGGUAUUGCCAGAUUAUUAUUAAACGCUUGGGUUGCCAUUCUUAAGAGGAGUAAUUUAGAUCGAUUUAAAAAAAAGACUUACAAAGUAAGCUUAAACGUCACAAAAGAGUUGACAACUCUGCGCUUGUUACUUUAAUAAGAUGAUAUUAUCUACAAUUUUAUUAAAAAAGACCUCAAUUUAUAUUAUUUACUUAAAUCAAGUAUUAAUUUCAAUUAUUGUGAUAAAUAUAAUUGUUUAAAUUAAGUGCUCUAAUUAAACUAAACAAUACUUUAUUACGAGAAACACAAAGUCUAAAAUUGCGCUUGCAUUGUUGAUUUGGGGCAUGUUAGCUCAAUUUUACUAUUACGUGCCAAAUAAUACAACUUGAACAUUUUCGAGGAUAUUCAAUCACCUGCACAUGACACUACACGAUUUUUGGAACCAUGUACAUAAAUAUACAUUAGUACAUAAUCUAUAUUAACAAAAAAAACUAAUUCCUUAGAAAUGUACCGUAGCUCAAAAUGUUUACUUCGACAUUUAAACUUAAGAUCUAUUCUACCUUUAGUAAACUAUUGUAAAAUCUUGUCGUUUUCCAACUAAAGAAAUCGUAUAUUAAUGCACUGGGUGAUAGUUUAAAGAAUAAUCGUCUAAAUGGCAACUCGUUAAGCGAAUGGUAAAAAAAUCGACUAAAAAUUUAGAACUAGCACAUCGCUUUUCUAACAGAAUUGUAAAUAUAAUGCGAUUCUAUAAACGUGCUAUAAAAAGUACAAAAUAGACCCUGUACGGUUCCCAUGCAAAAAUACCUAUAGAGCAAUGUUGCCUGAAUGCAAAAUUAGUUUGCUAAGUAACAUAGAAGUUUCUAGAUUUUAACGGCGGCCAUAUUGAGACGCGCGAACUAUCUGACACAGUGUCUCUGUAUUCGUUAGUUGGAAACCGGUCUAUUGACUAUAUCACAGGAUUUAGAAUUCACAGGGUUGCAAGAAUCAUUAAUUAAUAGUCGAUUUUGUUUUUCAUUAAUAAUUUUUACUUGUAACUUUUUUUGUAUUUGUACUUAUUGCUUUUAUUGUAAGCGUUUCUUGCGAUUGUUCUUAUUAUAAGUGUUUGGUUUUAAAUGGUGCCAUGGAUAGAUUACUAAUGAAUGAAUUGAAGGGGCUUAAACUUACUAAGCUAUAGUAAUUUUCUCUUAAAUAUACACGAUGUGUGCAAGAAUGUGAUACAAAUUUGACAAAAAACGUUUCAUAUAACAGAGUAUGGAACGAUACGCUCAAAAACGUCUGUGGCGCCAUCUACGUUUGAAUAAUUUACAUUAAACUUGUCACAAGUAUUUUCUCUAACCUUCACACCUUUGAUAGUGGCGACAUUGUUGAGAAGUCCUAUUUUGAGCGAUUACAAAAGGACUUUUCUAAACGCCACGUCAAAAUGCAUACUUCAUAUAAUUUUUCUUCAUGGCUGCACUAAUACAUUCCUGUAUAUAAAUAUAAUGGACGAGUAGUGAAAUUUUACUAUAUAAACUCUCACUGUUUCACUAAUUUUACUUUUAAAAUAUAAUUAGGCUAAGUAGGGUUCGUUGUAAGGGUUGAUUAUUAUUAUCGUGGAAUUGUAUUUUUUUUUCAUUUUUUACCUUUGUUCUGUUUAUGGAAUGACAAGUAUGGAAUAUGCUCAAAAUGCAAAUAAAAAUAUGCAAGUUAAUAAAUGCAGGAAAAACUGAUGUGGACACAUCAAACUCUGUGUACUUGGCAUUUCAUAAAUGUUAACAUUUUUUUACUAAUAUUUGAGUUUUUCUACUAAAAUGUAUAAAAAUAUUGUAGGAGUUCAUUUUUUAAUACUGGUUUGUUAUUAAUUUAUUUGGAACUUAAAAGUUCGUUUCAUCAUUUUUACAAUUUUGUUGCUAUUUAUACGUGUUUUUUUUUUAAUACUUUCUCCUAAUGUAAGAUAAUCAAUAGUAAAAUGAACGUAGAUAAAUUAAUCAUACAAUAUUGAAUUUAAAUAGUUAUUAUCUAUGGUAAAGAGGAGAUAAUGCGAAGAAACGCAAACGGCGAGUAGCACUAUUGUCUAUGUUUUGUUAAAAUAUUUAAUGUUGCCAGUUAAAUGUUGCAAUUAUUUACCAAUAAUACAUUUUAUAGACGAAAUUACGUUGCUAUUGAAAUUUUAAAUUUUAUUAACGAUAUUAUAAGAGUUUUAAAUUGAUUUUUCUUAUACUUAGUAAAGAAAAUUUAUUAUGUAAUUUCAUAUUGAGUGCGAAUAUAGAGAUUUGUUAGCAAAACUCAUAUUUAAAUAAUAUAAGACGAGUUUCAUUUAAAAUAUUUAUCGUGAUAGGAUUAGUAAUCAAUAUACACUUUCUUGGGAAGAAAUGUGUGACGAAUAUAAUAAUAAUAUGAAAUUAUUAUACCAAUAUAAUCUGUUACUAUUUGGGACAGUGAUUUAUAAUAAUGAAAGCAUUUAAGCAACUUAAAUCGUUAAUUUUACGUCCCAUAUUUACUCAAAUAUUAAACUAAAUUUUAUUUACUAGAACAAGUUAUUGUUUUAAAAAAUAAUAAUUAUGUUGUUGAUUUUCUAUGAUGAUGAUAAUAAAAUGCUUUACUUAAAAUUAUUAAUUAUUAAAUAAAAUAGUGAAUUUUAUUUAAUUUUUUCUCUAUUUAGUGGCUAGUGCUGCUCUUGAUUGAAUGAGUGUUCGAGAUGAUAUCUCACAAUAUUAUAAUAAUAUGUAAUUAAAUAGUAAUAUAUUUAUCAAUGAUCAAUUUUAAUGUUAAAAUACAUCACGAAGCAACACCUGAUCCCUAUACAUUCCAUUUAUUUUUGUUCAUGUUUAAAAACUUUUAGUAAUUAUAAAUUUAUUAUUAUUGUCACUAAAAAUGUUUUUAUUUUUUAUCAUGAUUGUGAUUAUUAGUUUAGGAAUGUGUUAUUUUGUUAAUAAGUCAUCUUUUUCUGUACUUAUAUCAGUUAUAGCACUAGGUAUCCAAAGGGUUAAUUUUCUGUGGUUUUAUGUUAAAACUUUUCUCAUUUCUCAUCAAUAGUUAUUGUAUACCAACAGUAGUUUAAUCGUAAUUGAAGUUUAAAUGUAAAAUCACAUGAAAUGAACGAAACUUAAACUAUAGUUAAAUGUAAUAUCUACCUACUAAUUUAAUUCUUAAACUGAAUGUCUGAUUUAAGUCGAUUCGUGUUUGGAAGUUAUUUCGACAAUCAAAUCGGCUUGGAACACACAUGAUCAUAAAUUACAGAAAUUGAUGUUUAUGUACCGGUAUGAAAACAAAAAUCUAGAAGAAAACUUACGAAAUGUGGUUUUAUCUGAUUCAAAUAAAGAUGACUGAAGUAAAAUCUUAUUAUAAUAACUGUUAACAAUUGAAUAAACGGCACAAAAUA